AUGGGGUAAUCUUCAUCUCAGAAUUUGCAGCAAUCUAGAAUGCAAGUGCCUAAGAUCAAUGAAUUAUAAUUUUGGAGACAAGUGAACGAUAUCAGAUAUGGAGAAAUCAAAGUGUAUAAAUUGAAUGACGGACACGCUGUUGCUGUUAAGGAUCACAUUUUAUAGGAUGAGGAAUAAUGGUUGAGAUUCAAACAAUCAGCCGAAAUGAAUAUGACUUCGAGAGAUAAGAAUUUGUUCCUAAUCUAAAUGAUCGAUUUGUAACAUGUCACAGAAAAGGAAUUAUGUACCUAGAUGACUUAAGCACAUAGUGUAUACGAAUACUUUGAUGAAUAUUUGGAAAGAGUGAUCACUGAACAGAGUGCCACCAAAUAACAUUUUGAAGAAAUUGAAAUCGCUGCUAUGAUUCAUUGCACUUUGAUGGCAUUAUAAAAAUUAACUAAACAAUAAAAGUCUCACGGAGACAUCCGUCCACUUACAAUUAGUGUCACCUCAUUUCCCAAGAAGAGUCCUCAUCGACAAAAUGAACCUCUCCCUGUUUACAAACUGACUGACAUCUAGGAAUUGACUGAUAUGAAUGCAUUCAGAAGGUGUGUGGCCAAACAACAUGCUCAAUAUAACCUAAGUCCUGAAUAAUUAACAUUUCUGAAACAAAGAGUGCUUAGACCAACUUAUGAUUUAGACAAAUCCGAUGUCUUUAGUAUUGGAUUGACUGCACUACAAAUGGCCACUCUCAAUAGUAUUUAUGACAUCUAUGAUAACUCCAAUUAUCUCAUCACCACCGAUAAAUUAGAUGGCUAUAUAAGAGAGAUGAAAACACUCUAUAGUGAAUAAUUGUGUUCUAUAGUAUGUCAGCUAUUGCAAUUAGCUCCUGAAAAUAGACCAAAUUCUUAUUAAGCCAACGACCUAUUAAUAGGAUUCAGAUAUCAAUUGGAAGACUAUUUUAGAUAAUCCACAAUCAAGGAACAUCUACCAAACUAUUCCAUUGAAUUCAGACAAACCAACAAACUGCCCAAUAGAGUUGAAGAACAUCAAAUAGCUCAAAGCAAACUGGUAGACACCAGUGAUGUUUAUGAACAAAUGGAGAUCCUAGAAUAAAGAGCCAAAGUGGCUUUGUAAAGGAGUCAAGAUGCCUAAGUUAGGUAUCAAAGAACACCUGGCAAGAGAAUUAAAUCCACUCAAUGGGAACCCACCAACAGUUAUUAAAUAUACAACAAUCUCACUCCCAUAACAUAGAAGGAAUUGUAAUUGCAAUUAAGUGAAUACAAGUAAGAAAUUCAAUCAAACAAACAAUCCACCUAUUCUUAUAACAAUAAUGCACCUCAGUAUUUGAAGAAGGAAGUGAAUUCCUUUCAUAAUCAUCAAGAUCAAGAGGAAUACGAGUACAAUCAAUAAGAAAUAGAUGAAAAGCCCAAUCAAAGUGUUUUAGAACAAAUUGAGUUGGCAAACUCGAAUUAAAAAGUGCAUUCACAACGACCUAUUAAUAAUAACACUGCCUCAUUUUCUCAUUAACAAUUAUUCGAAUCUAUCAAUACCGAAUAGGCCAAACCCUAUAAUCAGACUUACAACAACUAUCAAUAGUAUUCUCAGUAGUCCAUAAAAUAAUAUGAACAAUAAUAACAAAGCUAUCAAUAAUAACCGAGACAAUCGCAAUUAAUGAGGGAUUAAUAAAUAUAAAAACAAUUAACUGGUUAAUAUGAGAUAAAACAACCAAUAAGCAAUGACAAUUAUUAUAACUAAUAAUCACAAAUUCCAAGAUCACCUGAACCUUAAAACAUCUAUCCCACAAUGGAAUAUUAGCAUCAAACAAUGAAUGAAUAUCAAUAGUAAAGAUUUAAUCAUUAGAUAACAGAGUCCUUCGAUUCCUAGUAAUCUAGUCAUAGCAAAUAAUAAGUGUAGGUUGUACAAGAACAAUAAUCCGCUACAAGAUAACAGAGACCAAAUAUUUAGAGAUAAUUGACAGGAUCAAUAGUGGAGACAAGAAAAUCGAUUAAAUAGUGAUUAAUUAUAAUGAUAAUAAAUAUUGUCAUUAGUUGA